CAGCUGUAUCACAUAUUUGAUUAUAGGAGCAGCGCUACUUCGGGGGGAGUAAUCUUGCCGAAAUUAGAAAUACUCAGCUACUUUGGCGAGAUGAUGUGCGACAGCGCUAACAGGAGUUUUCGGACACAGCUGGCCGUCAUCCUGGACAGGCUAACAAAGGCGGCUUUGGCUGAGAUCAGCAGCCUGGCUGACGAAUGCUCCUCCGUCCUUCACACUGAGAUAUCUCUGCAUAAGACGGAGAACGAGGCGCUGAAGAAGAGGUGCUACUCUCUGGAGGUCCAGCUGAGAGCAGCCAGAGAGGGACAGACCUACCCUGCACAUGUCAACACCAGCGUCAGGCAACUUUCAGAUCAGCACCAGUCUUCUCCAGCCAUCGAAGGGGUAUUUGGAAAGGAUUGGUGCAUGGAUCUGUGGAGAGAAGAGAAGCUUCACCCUCAGAGAAGACUGCCAAUGGAGGCUGCUAUGACAAAUAUAGGAGCAGAGGCAGCUGACAUGAUGGGGAGAGAACCUGAUCUUAUUUUUGUCAAAGAAGAGACGUAUGACGAUCACCCUAUUGGUCAACAGAUGAGUCGUGCUGACAACAGGAAACUUGUUGGGAUGUUUGAAGAUGACAGCAUGCUUCACAGAUCCGUCGAUGAACUGCAGCUUCACUCAGGGGAAUUGAAUAAUUUCCCCAUGAUGUCGGACGGACAAAUGCUACAGCGGGCACAGCCGACCAUCGCGGACAGAUUAAUAGAGGAUGCAACAAUGGGCAGUCUUGUGGAAAACACAAAUCCUCCUCCAGCCUCGGUGGCACCCUCAGAUUACACAAACUGUCUCCAGGCGAACACAACCAAAGAGCUCCCCUUUCAGCCCAAACUUGUUAAGACACCAAAGCGGUUUGACUGUUUAUUCUGUGGAAAAAUCUUUAACUAUUUAAGCAGCUUAAAAGUGCACAUCAGACGGCACUCGGGCGAAAAGCCUUUCAGCUGCUCUGUGUGCGGAAAACGAUUUGCUCAGAAAACAUACCUGAAGCUGCACCAGCGAGUGCACUCUGGUGAAAAGCCUUACAGCUGUCCAGACUGUGGCAAAAGUUUCUCCCAGAAAAGCUCCUUAAACAUACAUCUUCGGACGCACACGGGUGAAAAGCCUUACAGCUGUGUGGGAUGUGGCAAAUGCUACGCGUAUAAAUAUGGUUUAAAUCACCAUCAGUGUUUCAACUGGAUGGUCAAACCAGAGGUAUUUGACACAGGUCCUCUCAGCAAUGCUCAGAGUGACUCAACAUGUGGCAGUAUAUCUUUACUAACAUCCAACAUGGAGGAAAAAUACUGAUGUGGAACAAAGAGAGGCGGAUUGCAUUAUCUAUUGUUACCUGUGCUAUUGUUUGUCAUAUUUUUUAGCUAGAGUGGGGAGACUAACGUAGCAGUGGCCAAACAAUAGUGGAGCUUAUUGGUCCGUUAUAAUAGAUUAUUUAUUCUCACAGGUCUGAGUUUGACUGAUCAGCCAGCAAGAAAUUAAAACAUCUUACCUUCAUGUCAUUGUUGCAUGUGUUUGUUCCUAAUAUAUCAGGCCACAGAAGGACUGUCCCAAGAAAUACCAAAUUAUUGACUUUGGGAAAAUAGUCCUGGCCGACCUCUAAAACUACCUCCUUGGAACAAAAAAGGUGAAACAAGCUUGUUCCUUUGACCAGCUCUUUAUUUGCUCAACACCAUAUUUAAUUCUUUGGCAUUAAAAUGAAACUGAAGUCAUUUUUCUUGAAAUAUAACUAAAAUGAAUUUGUUUAUCUCUUGGUCAUAUAUUUAAAUAAGCUCCACAGGCUGUAAUUGAUAAUACUGUUACUGUUUGAAUAGUUACUUUUUAU